UCUCUCUCUCUCUCUCUCUCUAGUGUCUGUAUUUUGCUCUGCGUCAUAAGCAAAACUCGCUGAAGAAAUGGCGUCUGUAAGCGUUUGAUUGUACUGUAUAUAAACACACACACACACACACACACACACACUACAGCAGAGCAGCAGCCGGACAGCCGGACAGUGACGGAUAGCAGCAGCGCCUGCGAGGAGACAGACCGACAGACACGCCGCGGAUCCACCGAGCCAACUUCGGGUUUUGUUUGCUUAGCCUUUGAUGCCCGAGUUUUACCGAACCGAGUCGAACCGGAGAUAGGCCAAACUGCACAGAGUGUGAGACAGAGAGAGGGAGAGAAGGAAAAGGGGCGGGCCAGGUAAUUAAAUCGAGUCGGAACCGAAAAGAAGAGAGACAGAGAGAGUCUAGGAGCUUGGAACAGAGAUUAAAAAAAGGGGCAGAAGUGAUGUGAUGGACAGCCAGGGCUCCUCUGGAGGUCAGAGUUGGAAGGUCACGCAAGGUCACGGGGUAACAGAGGGGGACGAUGUGCUGGCACGCUGGAGCGAUGGCCUGCUGUACCUGGGGACAGUGAAGAGGGUUGACAGAGUGAAGCAGUCCUGUCUCGUCCGUUUUGAAGACAACUCAGAGUUUUGGGUGCUGUGGAAAGACAUUCACUCAUCGGUGGUGCCCGGGAUGGAGGGAGUGUGCUGCGUGUGUCGAGGAGAGGAAUGCGCAGGCAAGAGCAGGAUCGUCAACUGUCACAAGUGCAGACAUGGGUAUCACCCUCAGUGUCACUCUCCUCAUAUCGACUCCGAUCUCGACGGCUCUCCCUGGAUCUGCAGACAAUGUGUCUUUGCUGUGGCCACCAAGAGGGGGGGUGCUAUGAAGAAGGGUCGCUUUGCUCGCCUCAUGCAAGCUAUGAAGCUGCUGCUGCCCUAUCAGCUGUCAGCUCUGGACUGGGACCCCCAACACCUGACCAAUCAGCAGCAGUGUUACUGUUACUGUGCCGGCCCUGGGGAGUGGAAUCUCAAGAUGCUGCAGUGCUGUUGUUGUGGUCAGUGGUUUCAUGAGGCCUGCACUCAGUGUCUGACCAAACCACUGCUGUACGGAGACAGGUUCUACCAGUUUGAGUGCUCAGUCUGCACGAGAGGACCAGAAACCAUUAAGAGACUGGCCAUGAGCUGGGUAGAUAUCGCUCACCUGGUUCUGUACCACCUCAGUCGCUCCCUGGCAGACACCCCAAAAUCAGAGCGCUGUGAACACCUUCUCUCUGCCCUCAACUCCCAGAGAGACAGGUUUGUUUCUGGUAAAGAGAUCAAGAAGAAGAAGUGUCUGUUUGGGCUGCAGCUCCGAGCUCCGCCCCCACUGACCUCCGACCUCACACCUGUGACCCCCGACCCCCCCUGUGUGAUGUCACGAGGGGCUUCCCAUCCCAGAAGGAGCCCCCUGGUGGAGCACCCUCUGGGGCAGGGCAGGGACCGGCACUCUGAACCUGAAUCUAGAACCCUUGAGCUCCGGAACCGAAAAGCCAGGCGAGCAUUGACCCGGGCCGUGAACCAGGACGUCGUGCCCAAUCCUGUGAGCCUGAGUCAGUGUUACCAGGGUUACGGGGGCGGGGGCAGUUUAUACAACUUGUGGAAACCAGAGGAGCGUUGGGGUCAAGGCAGCUCUCCCCCUAAGAAGAUGUUUGCCUCCUUCCACCCCUCUGCCAGCACAGUCUCCCAGUUCAGCUGCCCUCCUCCCAGUUCAAAGUACCAGUACAGUGAUGAAGACAGCCUGUACCGCCACAAACAGGAAGCCUCCAGCGGCCAUGACCUCACUUCCUGCCCCUGCAGCUGCCCUCCCGGCCCUGCCCCUGGCUCGGGGGUGGCUCGGGAGGCGGUGCGGGUCCUGGCGCGCCGGGUCACUGUGGACGGGACGGUGCAGUACCUGGUUGAGUGGGACAACAUCAAUGUCUUCUGAGUGUCCCACACUGCAUCAAACACCUGAGGGAUUCCAUACCACAUCACUUUGAGUAACCCCUCCUCCUGUUGCAGCAUCAUUCCUCACAUCCUAGGGGGCAAGGGGGGGAGGGUUAAAGCCCCCCUUCUGCAUCAAUAGAGCUCUCAAACUCUUCUCAGUAACCCUUAACCUGCCCCCCCCCCCCUCACGUUGCCCCUAGUGGAUAUAAGAAGCACCGCCUUUGUUCUGAUUGUAUUUUUUUCACCCACUAGGGGGCAGAGUGUCGUGGGGGGCAGGUUCAUGUCUGCACUCCACAGGGAGGCUUUUUAAAAAAGGCCCCAGGAUGUGAUGAGGGAAACUGUGAAUUUAAACAGGAAGUGAUGUAAGUGUGGUAUUUCAGCUGCUGUUAGCAGCCACGGCUGGGGUGUGAAACUCGCCCGCUUUCCUUUGACAGCAGCCUCGCUGCCACCUGCAGGAGCGCUGUCCAUCUUUACAACCCAUUCUCUUCCCUCCUAUUAUCUGUGUUGUCUUUGCUCUGUGUCUCUGUCCUGUUUCCUCACUCAGUUUCGUUGCUGUAGUUCUUCCAGGUUUUAGUCUCCAGGCUGGUUCAGUGAGGUCAUACUGUCUGGAGCAGUUCCAGUGCUAGUGUAAUGUUCAUUUAGACUUCUUCGCUGUACAAACUUUGUAUUUGUCCAAUGUUGGGUAUUUUUUGUAUAUUUUUUGUUUUGUUUUGUAUUGUUUGAAACAUUUGAAAACGAUGUUACAGAAGCGGAGCAUAAUAUUGGAUUAGCUUCUGCAAGUGAAUGUA